CUUGAAGUUUCACACCUAAAUAUUGCAAAGAGAUCUAUCGAUUGCCACUAUGGACGAGCAGUCAGUUGCAGUAAUCACUGGAGGGACAGGCGACAUCGGCCUGGCAAUCGCCAGACAUCUAGCCCCGACACACCUAAAUAUUUUCCUUCUGGACUUGGAUCCGGACAAAUCUUCUCAGUCUAUAUCGAAUCUUCCCCGGGAAAUACAAGAAAAGAUAAUCACAGUACAAUGUGACGUGACCGACCCAUCAGCAUUAUCCCAAGCAGCCAAAACGAUACUCUCCUUCAAAGGAGCAAGUCUCAAAACACUCGUCAACAACGCCGGCGGCACAAAAAUAGCUUCUCUCCACGAAAUGUCCCCCUUAACCUGGCAAAAAGAAAUCAGCUUAAAUCUUAACGCGGCCUACUUCUGCUUCGACGCAUUUGCGGAGGCCUUCAAACAAAGCACCGAGCCUUGCAAGAGCGUCAUCAAUAUAUCCUCUGUCAAUGGAAUACUUGGCACAUUCGGUAAUCCAGCAUACAGUACCGCAAAAGCAGGUCUUAUCCAAUUUACGCGAACUAUAGCCGCAGAAUACGGCAGGUAUGGGAUUAGGGCUAAUGUAGUUGCUCCGGGAACGGUGAUGACAAGUGCUUGGAAGGAAAAAAUUGAGAGUAAUCCGGGUGUAUUUGAGGAUUUGAAGAAGUGGUAUCCUCUGGGAAGAUUAUUGGAGGUUGAUGAAGUAGCUGGUGCGGUAGCAUUUUUGGCCAGUGAGCAGGCCAAAGGGGUGAAUGGGGUUUGUUUGCCGGUUGAUGGAGGGUUGACGGCGGGGAUGCCGCCUGUUGCGAGAAGUUUUGGUACAUUAGACUAUGAAGGACUCCGGGCCAGUCAGAUAUAUGCGAGGCCCCUGUAG